UGGAGGAUUGGGAGAGCUUGUUGUCCGAGUCUGCGGCGGCGUCACCGAGUCAAGAGCAAUCUGUUAUCCGGUGGAUCAUGGGUGAUGUGGAUGACCCUUCAAUGGGUCUAAACAAGUUGUUGCAGAGCGGCGGCGGCGGUGCUCAGCCGCCGGAGUUUGAAUUCCAUGGCGGUUUUGGGGUUGUAGAUCAAGGUUUUGGGUUAGACAUGGUUUCAAGUGUUGGGAAUUUUAUGGGCUCUAUUAACCCCUCUUUACCCACGUCAGGGUUUUCUCAGGAAAAACUCUCUCUCCCCCCAAACACACCAAUUCUCACAAAUUACAAGCUUCCAAACCCUCAAAACCCUAAUCUUUUCUCCCCCGGUCUCUUCAACCCACCACAGCAAUGUCAACAACAGCAGCCACCACUUGAAUGCUCAGAUGUGAAGCCUCAGAUUUUCAAUCCACCAUUGCUAAUCAAUCACCACCAAGCUCACCAUACCCAAAACCCAUCUUUUUUCUUGCCAUUUCCACACACCCACCAAGAGCACCACCUCAUGCCGCCGCAGAAAAGGCACAACCCUGGUGGCGGCGGCCUCGAACAGAUCUCAAAGGGUCCGUUUUCGGAUUCAAUGCUUCAUCAACAACCUCAAGGACUCUCUCACCAGCUUCAAUUGCUUCCAAAUUAUCUUCAACAGAGACCAACAAUGUCAAUGAAGCCGAAAUUCGAAGCAGCCGAUGAAAUGGGUCAACAACAACAGGGCAUAAUCGACCAGCUAUUCAAGGCCGCAGAGCUGGUUCAGACCGGUAAUUCGGUUCUCGCGCAAUCGAUAUUGGCGCGGCUCAAUCACCAGCUCUCUGCAAUUGGUAAGCCUUUUCACAGAGCUGCUUUUCUCUGUAAAGAGGCUCUGCAAUUGCUCAUCACCAAUCCCUCGGCGGCCAAUUCGCCAUUUAAUCUAAUCUUUAAGAUUGCUGCUUACAAAUCUUUCUCAGAAAUCUCACCACUUUUGCAAUUUGCAAAUUUUACUUGUAACCAAGCACUCCUUGAAGCUUUAGAUGGGUUUGAUCGAAUUCAUAUCGUAGAUUUCGAUAUUGGUUAUGGUGGGCAAUGGGCUUCUCUGAUGCAAGAGCUUGCCUUGAGAAGCACCGGAGCUCCAUCGUUGAAAAUCACUGCAUUUGCAUCUCCCUCAACCCAUGACCAGCUCGAGCUCGGGCUCACUAGAGAGAAUUUGAAUCACUUUGCUAGUGAAAUUAACAUGGCGUUUGAAUUCGAUAUUUUAAGCCUUGAUUCAUUGCACUCUGCUUCUUCAUGGUCUCUGCCAAUUCAUGUCUCUGAAAAUGAAGCAAUUGCAGUGAAUCUCCCAAUAGGUUCAUUUUCUAAUUACCAAUUGUCCCUCCCUUUGAUUGUUCGCUUUGUGAAGCAAUUAUCCCCCAAAAUUGUUGUCUCUGUGGAUAGAGGAUGUGAUCGAACCGACCUCCCAUUCCCAAACCAUGUAAUUCAUGCCCUGCAAUCAUACUCAAACCUGCUUGAAUCUCUUGAUGCUGUGAAUGUGAACCUAGAUGCCUUGCAAAAGAUUGAGAGGUUCUUGCUCCAACCGGGUAUUGAAAAAAUUGUAAUGGGUCGAUACCGUUCCCCUGAGAAGACACUGCAUUGGAGGACCCUUUUUUUGUCAUCUGGGUUCUCCCCAUUAACGUUCAGUAACUUCACGGAAUCACAGGCUGAGUGUGUGGUGAAGAGGACUCCGGUUAGGGGAUUCCAUGUCGAGAAGAGGCCAUCUUCUCUCCUUCUGUGCUGGCAGCAAAAGGAGCUCAUCUCGGCGUCAGCAUGGAGGUGCUGAGGAGUGGAGGUGUCU